CAGGUGUGCCUCUCAUGUAGACAGGAACCGUUUGACGAGUAUAUCAGUUUGUGAAUUCUUAGUAAACAUGAGCGUGAAUUAUGCCACAGAAACACUGUCAGAAAUCGUCUUGUAGACGUCUCAUGUCAAUAGAAGAUGACCAUGCUUUCUGUCGACAUUGCCGUCCCUGUAACCAAGAUAUUACCUGUGACGUUUGCUCUAAUUGGUCUGAAAAACAGUGGUACUUGUUAGUGACAAAACAGAAACAUCGCAAGGAUAGAGAGCGACAACUUUUGAGUCGUAAGCGUAAGGCCGAGUUAGAAUUGUCUUUCAACGAUGAUGUAUCUGACGUGAUCGGUCUCCAAGUCACUAAACAAGAACCUUGUAUGGAUCCAGACGACUACCAUUGGGAACCUCCAACUGAGUCUGAGAUGAAGAUAAUACGUGCCAAAAGAGAACGAAGUGAUAAAAUCAGUUCUCUGAUGGGCAGUUACAUGCUGAAGGGCUAUAAGAUGCUUGGUACAAGUUGUGAAUUGUGUGGGACCAUCCUACUGAGAGAUAAACAACAAAAUGAUUACUGUGUUGCAUGUAAUGAACUUGAUACUGAACAUGCUAAGGAUAACCCAGUUCUAAGCUCUGAGGCAGCAAAGGUACAGGCUAGAGAAUACUCUAUGCAAUCAUCCACUCAAUCAACAGAGAGAUCUAGUGGUCCUUACGAGGUGUUACAGAAUCCGCAACAAGAAGACGUUGCUCAUCGAGCAGCUCCUGCAAACAUGAACCCAGUACGGCCACAGCUAGCCAGUGGUCAGGCUGCAGCCAGCACUGUUGAGUCCAAGUCAUUGAUUGAUGAUUCCAUUGAUGCUGUCACGAGUAAAUUGGCCUGGGCCAAUGAUGAACUGGUUAAGUCCUCGUCAUGUGAAACCUGUACACAAUUUUGUGUGCUCAUUAAGGCUUGUGCAGAAGCUCUGAAAGCUUUAGAACAUGUUGCUCCCAAGUCUUAGACAGUAUUUAUAUCAGGCCUCAAAGAACAAUCCUGAAUCUGUUCCUUCAAACAUUGCUCUUAGCAGCUUUGUACUUCGGAUAUUGUACUAUUUGAUGUGAAAAUAUCUCUUGUCCUUUUUAAAAAUAUUACACGUUUGUUUUUUGCAUAUACACUUUUGAUGAAACUAGGCAAUGUAGUAUUUCCUCUCUGCUAAUCACUAUAUCAUAUUAUUUUUGGUUGUGCUCAGAAGUGCAAGUAAAAGUUAGAAUCCAAAAGAAUUAUCUUCUCGUCCAAGGAAAUAAUGCAAAAUGAUGUGGUGAUACAGUUUCAAUGUUGUGUAUUAAGAUUAUUCAAUGUAUGUACAAAAUGUAUUCUCUAUGUUUAACGCUUGUUAAUCAUGUGUUAAGUAAUAUACCAGUAACUCAUUAUUGAUUUGAAACAACAAAUGCAUUCUCUGGAACAAAAAUAUAAAUGGUGAUGGUUUUGUAUAAUCCAAUUUUAUUUUUGGCACUAUUUCACCAUGUCAAUUGACAAGCUUGCCAUUUAAUUAGGUAUGAUUGUUAACACACAUAGCAAGGCAAAUACCAGGAAUUUAACAUACAUGCAUCCUAUAUCUGCUGUCUAUGCUAUGUUGAAAACUGUGUACAAUCUAGCCUUCACAUGUGUAUCAGAGACAAAGUGGUGAGUGUGAAAGAAUGAUGUCACUGUGAAAAUGUAAUCAUUUAUUUCAUUAUUUUGGUAUAAUAUUGUGCAUCGUGCCAUUGCAAUGCUAAUUGUUUUGCAAACACAGAAUAUCUAAUAAAAUAUCAAAUGAAA